AUGGGUGUACUAGCUCAUUUGGGACACUCACUAAAAGACCUUUAUUUAAAUAUGUUUGGGGGUCGACUGAGGUGUGAGUCCACCCGACGCCUGGACGGGAAGGUAGUGGUGGUCACGGGUGCCAACACAGGGCUCGGCAAAGAGACGGCAUACCAACUGUCCCUUAGGGGUGCCAAGCUAUACAUAGCGUGUCGAGACUUAGGGAAAGCCGAUAUAGCGGUGAAAGAAAUAGUAUCCGGGAACCCAAAGGCUAACAUAACGAGCCUUAAACUGGACCUGAACUCAUUCAAGUCGAUUCGUGAGUUUGCCGAUGACCUGGCUAUACGUGAGCCACGCGUGGAUAUACUGGUGAAUAAUGCGGGCGUUUUCAUGUGUCCCGAGUGGAAGACUGCCGACGGGUUUGAGAUGCAGUUUGGCACUAAUCACCUUGGUUCAUUUCUAUUAACCCUAUCAUUGAUACCAUUACUCAAAAAGUCAGAGUCGGCUCGAGUGGUGAACCUAUCGUCCAGUGCCCACAUGACCGGCCGAAUCAACUUCGAUAACAUUAACCUUAAUAACGGCGCCUACAGUCCGAUGAAAGCCUACGCCCAGAGUAAACUGGCUAACAUACUGUUCACCCGGGAACUGGCUAAUCGACUGGGUCCUAAUAGUAAUAUCAAGGUCUAUGCUGUAAACCCGGGUGCUGUCAAUACCGACGCCCAGAGACACGUGAGAAAUGCGGUGUUUGACUGGUUUAUAAGGAAGGCUUUCCUGACCCCCGAAAUGGGUGUCCAGACAUCGCUGUACUGUGUGUUGGACGAGAAGUUGGACAAUGAAAGCGGUUUUUAUUACGAAAACUGCCGGCGCGUUGAGCACAUGCUGUCGACUGCGACCGACGAUAAAGUGUCGGAACGUCUGUGGGAUUUGAGCUGCGAUUUGGUGGACCUCAACGACGAUAUGCGCCGACUGUUUGUUAGGACACCCACUGUCUGGCAGAAGUGAACCC